AUUCUAAUAAAAAGCUCACGCAUAUAUCGACGCGUUAUCAUUAGUUUUGAAUUAAAAUAGAUUUUUUUUUUCGGAUCGUGCUUCGGACGCUCUGUGUUGUAUAGGUGUUGAAUUAUGUCAGGCACGUGCCGUUUAUGGCUCCUUUUAUGGUUAUAUUUUGACGAUAAAUUAGUGAUUUUUUAUUAGGGUUGUUAUUGUAAUCAUUGGGACUCCUUCGUUCUAACUGUGUGGUCGUGUUUGUUUUUUUUUUAUUUCGCAUUUCUGAAAUGGAAUUAAAUUGAGUUUGUGUUGUGACUUGAGUUCUGUUUGAUUACCGCUCACCAAAAUGUUUUUGAGAUUCGAGCCAACUAAGUCUACAAAGGGCGCAAGCAAGAUGCGUCGUGACCUCAUCAACGCAGAGAUAUCAAAUCUAAGAGACUUGCUACCCCUCCCUCCCUCGACAAGGCAAAGGCUUUCACAGCUACAACUGAUGGCACUUGUGUGUGUCUAUGUGCGGAAGAUGAACUAUUUUCAGCAAGUGUUUAAGAGUCACGACUUCAGUUAUCAGUACAAGGAACAACAGCCACCGACACCUAAUAUCGGAUUUUCAAAGGCGAUGAACGGUUUCAUGAUGAUGAUGACACAAAAUGGCAAACUUUUAUAUAUAUCAGAAAAUGCGGCUGAAUACUUAGGACAUUCGAUGGAAGAUCUUCUUAUUCAUGGCGACAGUGUAUACGACAUAAUAGAUAGACAAGACCACCAAACGGUUCAAUUAGAGCUAAAUAGAGGCAGCAAUGGAGAGACUGAAAACGUACCAAAGAAUAGGCAUUUCUUCUGUAGAAUGAAUGUAUCCAGAAACGCUAGACGCCAAAUGAGAUUUGGUGACCAAAAAGUAGUUUUAGUUCGAGGCCAUUAUGUAUCGUAUCUCCCGCUAUGUAGUAGAAACGAGCCCGUGUUUCUAGCAUCGUGCACUCCCCUUGCGAUGCCUGAGACGAGAGAAUGCGUGGUUCACGGCGCCACUAACGUGUUUACGACUAUACACUCCAUGGACAUGAAAAUUUUACACAUAGAUGCUAAUGGUGAAUGGUACUUAGGUUGGAAGAAAAGCGAAUUGGCAGAUGUAUCCUGGUAUCAAAUUCUACAUUGGGAUAGUCUGCGAGAAGCACAGACCAAACAUAGAUUAGUUACGCAAUCAGACCAAGAUAAAUGCUGUAUACUUCUAGUAAAGUUACAGCAGCGAAGUGGUCAGUUCCUAUGGGUGCAUAUGGUGUUACAAGUGAAAGACGCUGCGGACACUCCUCGGCAGUUUAUUGUAGCUACUAACCAAGUUUUAAGUGAAGAAGAAGCAUCAAUAAUGCUCGCGAACUCAUGGUUGUACCAAUACUACGGGUAUCAGAACCAACCUUGCGGCAUGCUGGACCCUAGGUGUCAAAAGUUCUUCAGGAGAGAACCAUCUUACUCUGACCCCUACCAAGAGUACCAAUAUGUUGAAAACCCAGAGGUCGAAUACGCUGGUUAUCAUAUGACGCCUUAUGUACAUAAAACUGAUGAGUAUGGAUGUGAAAGGGUCUAUACAGAUAGGGGUCCAGUUGAUUACUCUACGCAUUCGCCGCAGUCUACGAUAAGUGAGGAAAGAUCUCCAUUGCAUUAUGACGCACCGCCGGACAUAGUCAUCAACAGCAACAUGUAUAUGUAUCCCAUGCACGGCAAAAGAGAAUACUACGAGCAGCAUCCGCACUCACAUUAUAAUGCACAGGAACCAUGCAUCAGUACAAAUAUCGAAGGUAUCGAAUACCCACCCGCUAAAAGGAUGCGUCUAGCACCAGGCCCUUUGAGCAUAGAAGGUACUGAUGGCAUGGACCGAUGGAACCCCAGCCCACCCUGGUCAGACACCCUCAAAAUCACCGACUACACCCAGAGGUUCACCCCCUACAACAUGAUACCAAUGCCUGCUGAAAGAGCUAUGGUCACGUAAUUAUAAGCUAAUGACAAAUUUGUACAUCACUAAGCAUUUAAAAGGCUUUAUGCAAUACCGAGCAAACAAUUUAAUUGAAUUGCAAUAUUUUAUGUUAAGUGGCACUUGGAGGAUUGAAAUCAUAGAUGAAAGCAAACAAAAGUCACAAUUACGAUCACGAUUAUUGUGAUUGUAAUUUAUUAAACGGUAAAAUUAUUAAAUUAUUUAUUUUUUCGCCAGAAUUACAACAAAUUUCAGAAUUGAAAAUUAUAUUCUAUCUUUAUGCCAAAUUUCAUUUUAUGCUUUGAGCCUUAUCAGCAUCUUGAGAAAUAAACCUCCACAUGAGUUAAGAAAUAUAUAAAACAUAAUUAAUAUUAAUAAUCA